AAAACUAUUUUGAGUCAGACAUCUUGUUAAAGCUAUAACUUCUGACAGAAGGCAUUUACUUCCUCUGCCUGCUGGCGUGGCAGGGAGGGCUGGAGGUCUGGGCGUGGCAGGGAGGGCUGGACGACAAGGAGGCACAGGCAGGGCUGGACGACAUGGAGGUGCAGGGAGAGCUGAAAGCCUGGAUGUGGCAGGAGAAGUCAGAGCAGCCAUCUUAGCUGAGGCACUUGGCACGGAAGAGUCCAGGGCGUUCAUCUUGUCAGCAGCCUCUAGAGCGGAAGAGCAAUACACAGCCCAGACACACCACAAGGCUCCAACCACAACCAGCAUAGCUGACAGGACCUCAGGAACAGAUGCCUCCAGGACCAGCGGGCACUGGCCUGGCGGCCAUCUUGCGAGCGGGCUCAGGUAAGGGGGCCAUAACGACUGGAGAUGCUGGCUUGGCGGCCAUCUUGGCUGGAGACUCAGGCUUGGCGGUCAUCUUGUGAACAGGAUCUUGGCUGGAGGCCACCACGAACACAGGUCUUGUAACCCUCAGUGUGGGGCAUGCAGGCCUCCAUGACUGGCCCAGUUCCUUGGCCAGCGGAGCCUGACCCCAACGGUCCUCCUCAGGCUUUCCAACUGUAAAGGACCAUUUUAUGAAUAAAUAUUCUUGGUGUGAUUGCUGGAAAAGUCCUUGAGUGACGUGCCAAAAGACCCUGAAAUGAAUCAGAACACAUUGUUGAUGGGAGAGCAAGAUGAUGAAGAUCUUCGGGUGCUGUUGGUCGGUAAAUCCGGAUCAGGAAAAAGUGCCACAGGAAACACCAUCUUUAAUGAAAUUGUGUUUCAGUCAAAAACAAGAUCUUCACCAGUGACCAGAACCUGUCAAACUUACACUGGAGCUGUUAAUAACAGGAGAUUGACAGUGAUCGAUACUCCAGACUUCAGAUUCUCCACUCACACUGACUUUGAGUCAGACUCUGAGCUGAAGAGAGCUUUUUGUAAACCAGGAGCUCACAUCAUCCUGCUUAUUCUGCCCUUAUACACGUUCACUGAUCAGGAGAUGAAGGUUCUGAGUCAGUUUGAACAAAUGUUUGGUGCAGAAGCUCUCAAAUACACUCUAGUCCUCUUCACUCAUGCAGAAAGUGGACACCUAGAAGCAUUGAUCAGAGGACAUAAUCAGUUGUCUGGUUUUAUUAAUCGCUGUCGAGGGGGGUUUUGUGGAAUGAACAAUAAAGAUAGAUCAAACAGACGGCAGGUGACUAAACUCAUGGAGAAAAUCGACAGACUGCUGUCUGAGAACAAAAACUCCUGCUACACACUAGAAAUGAUGCAGGAGACUGAGAGGAGAAGAAAGGAGGAAGAGAAGAGAGCUGAGGAGGCUAAGAAAAUAGAGGAGGAGAGGAAAGAAAGAGAACAUCAAUUGGCAUUAGAGAGAGUCAGAGAAGAGUCAGAAAUACGUGUGAGGAGAGAAUAUGAAGAGCAGGCAAGAACCAAGAUAUUGCAUAAACAGGAGAACGAUGAAAAACUGCUGUUCAAUCGAAGGGAAAUCUUUUACUGGCUAAUGUUCCUUGUCUGUGUAGUGGUGGUAGCUUUUUUUAUUAUGUUAAUUUUCAAAAUCUUGGUAAAAUUUUAAUGCUGAAAACACUGACAUCCUAUGUGGUUUUUGAGAGCAGCUUUAUGCAUGCUUAAACACAAAAGUUUUCUAAAUGAUCUAAAUGGGCACGUAUAGAAUUCUAUUGUUUUUAUAUACCCUGUUAAAUUGUAUAACCUAAGCCAUAACGGAACAGAACUUUCAUUUCUUUGCAAUUUAAAACUUUAUUGUAUACAGUUUUAUAAAUUAGGGCAUCCCCCAGAUAUGAUUUUGUGUGGUUUAACUAAUUUCUGCAUGCAAAUUUGUUCCUAAAAUAUGGUUAAAUAGGGACAUAUACUGUAUGCACACACACACAUAUGUACUACAACACUUGGCUAGGUGUUUUGUGAAUAUCUUAGUGUUUGUAAAUACUGGAAACAAACUACAAUGUAUUUGUAAAUGUCUUAUGUAUUUGCACAUUGUAGUGUGAUGUCUGCUUGCACCCAGCAUCCACAUUAUUAAAACAUUUUGGGGCGGUUUCCCGGGCAGUGCUUAAGUCUAGUCCCAGACUAAUUUAGAUGUUAGAGGUGUCUUGAUCGACAACAACUUACAAUGACCUAUCUUAAAAUAUAUGAUGCACACCACUACCAGUUUUUGGUAUGUUAAUAUGUUUUAAAAACGACUUUAAUAUCCUAAUGUAACUAAGGCCUAGUCCUGGCUUAAACUAAUCCCUGUCCGGGAAACUGCCCCUAAAUGUGCUUUUACCACCACCUUCUUUAUGUAAAUUGCUUGUUUUCUAUACUGUUGUUGUGUUUUCUAAGAGUUUUUUUUAAUGUUCAUGACUUUUUAUCUUAGGUUAAUUGUCAAUUGUGCCUGGCUUGGAUGUUUAUAGCAAAUUAAAUCUUCUGAUGCAUGAUUUAAACUGUUUCAGUAGGACUUUUUGUAAACUAAUGAGAAGAUUCCAACUGUCAAUAGCUAGGAAAUUGAAACAAAAAAAUAAUCUAUUCAGGUAUUCAGGAAAUUCAGUUAUUCCCCUAACUUUGUUAUAACAGCAAAUGUGCCUUCUUGACUUUUGCACUGGAUGAAAAGUAAUUAAAAUUGCUUGUUCAAUCAUUAAAAAAUUGGAGUGUCUAUUUACACAGAGUACAAAUAGCCCGACUUGUUGGUAGAAACUAUUUACACUAAUUUUGCCCACCAGUUAUCUUAACAAGUGUUAAGAACCAACAAGCGACUCUAGUGUGCAAGGUGUAAAGUGUGCAGUAGAUAUGGCUUUGACACUGGAUAUCUGGGUUCAAAUCCACCUUUUGUUGACCUCGCUCUUUUACCUUUUUCCAUCACAUAUCUUAUCAGAUCAUGAAGGCAUUUGUUUUCAAUAAAAUUAAUUUAAAACUUGAAAAUAAGUUUUAUUCAUAAAGUUUAGGUUUAGGGAAAGGUGUAGGGCUUUAUUAUCUCAAUUACCAUCCUUUUAAUAUUUUUUUAAGAAUAUAAUGAUUUACACUCUGUUAUUAUUGGAUACUGUUUAAUGCACAACAAUACUGAGGUGCAAUUAGUAUCAGCAAUAAGUAGGGCCUACCAAUCCAAAGAAAAUACAGCUAUUUUCGUUUAGUGUAAAUAGCAUCACUAGGAAAUGCUGCUAUUUUCACUUAAAGGUGCCAUGAAUUAAAAUCACAAUAUUAACACGAGCUUUUGUUAUAUAAGAGGGAAUCGUAUUCAUGCGACCAUCAUGUAAGUGUCAGAACUGAACUUACUGCAAUUUAAACAUCUAGCCUAUUGGUAUUCACACCUAGUGCAAAUUGCGCUGCAAAAAAAUAAACUUGGCGUAAGUAAGUGUGCACUGUACAGACACUUUAAAUCAUGCAUAUGUACAAACUCUUUUAGUGAAGUAGUAAGCAUGGUUUUAAACUCUGUUUUCACUAUAUACACAUAUGGUUAUCUGUGGGUCUGUCAUGUCUUUUAUAUUGAAGUUUUAGUUGUAGUCAUUGUCCAUGGUAUUUGUAGUCUUUUGAGUAGCCCUGCCCUAAUUGUCUCAUUGUUCACAGGUGUGUCUUGUAUGUAAUGAUUCUGCGGACUAUAUUAAAAAGGAAUUGCAAAC